AUGUUAGAAGAAGAAGAAAGAGAAGACACAAGCAACGUUCAGAUUUCGCCGGCUGUGUUAGAAGAAGAGGAAAGAGAAGACGCAGGCGGCGCUAAACCUUCACUGACUGUGUUAGAAGAAGAGGAAAGAGAUGACACAGGUGGCGUUAAGCCUUCACCGGUUAUGGUAGAAGAAGAAGAAAGAGAAGACACAAGCAGCGCUAAGCUUUCGUCGGUAGUGGUGGAAGAAGAGGAAAGAGAAGACAUAGGCGGCACUAAGCCCUCGCCAGCUGUGUUAAAAGAAGAAGAAAGAGAAGACUCAGGUGGUGCUAAGCUUUCGUCGACUGUGUUAGAAGAGGACGAAAGAGAAGACACAGAUGGCACUAAGCCUUCGCCGGAUGUGUUAGAAGAAGAAGGGAAAAAAGACACAAGCGGCGCUUAG